ACCAACACAAAGUCGCAUUGUCUGUCUCACUGUCGGAGGAUUCACAUCUAGUGCUAGUCUGACCGAGCUCUAACCGACGGCCUGGGUCCUUCGGUACGAGGACAACAGUCCUUCCAGGCCCUGCAGAGUAAGCAUCUACCAAUACCAAAGAAGCAGAGGUGAAGAUGCCGAACGCAGUACAAAUUGACGUGGUUGUGCCUUUCGACGGGGAGAUGACCCCCGAGGAUUAUAAGGACCUACUGAACGAGAUCGGAGCCACGCCCGAGUCUCUGUCGAGAGAUGCAGUGACACUAAGAGAGUGGUGCAAUGCCCAACCACAUCUCCCAACUCUCACAUGUGAACAUCACAAGUGGCUCGAGAAGUUUAUGGUGGGCUCAAAAAAUUCAAUGGAGAAAGCCAAGCUCCGUUUGGAUAACUACUUCAAAACCCGCAAUCUCCUUGAGGACUGGUUUGUCUUACCACAAUCAGAAGAAGAACAACUACGCUACGUGGGACGAUUCAUGCACCUAGGAAUUAUACCCAAGAUACUCCCUGGAGGCAACAUUCUGUUCGUGGAGAAACUUAUCCCUUCCUGCGACCGGGACUGGUCUCACUUUGACUUCGGCAAACGCUACCAAAUAGGAGUGAUGCUAUUUGAGCUGACGCUAGCAGUGGAUAGGAAGGCCCGAGGACUUGUCUACGUCAUAGACGUUGAGUCUCUGAGCGUCGACUGGGUUACCAACUUUCUCGCCUCCAUAGGAAAAGUGCGGAAAUUCCUAAGCUGUUUGCAGGAUACCAUGCCAACGAGAAUCCAAGCAGUCCACGUUGUAAAUGCAAUUGCUCCUAGUAUACUGAGAACGUGCUUGAACAUGAUAACUCCGAUGUUGAAAGACAAGCUCGCUCAGAGGAUCUUUAUACACGAUAAUUUGGAGUCCCUUCACGAUGCGGUCCCGCCAGAAUAUCUGCCAAAAUCAUUUGGUGGUACUAGUGCAAUCUCAAUGGAGGAAUUGUCCGAUUCAACAAUGGACUUGAUAUGCGGCUGCAGAGAAUGGUUCGAGUCUAGGGCAUGGAUGAAGAGCGACGAACAGCGAAGACCGAACACAACAGUUGCUGCCUACGGGGUCGAAGGGUCGUUCAGGAAACUUGCGGUUGAUUAAUUAGGUUCAUGUAGGAUAAAAAAUUGAUAGCUUCCAUUAUUGUAAUACUUUGUAGAGUUCCACUCCUUACUUCAGCCAGCAUUUGCAAGUCUUGCACACGCCAGUGCACGAACUAACUUUGUUCAACCGCAAGACGUAUGCGUUCGCAGGGCUUUUUUAGACUUUGAAAUUCAUAUUACCUGGACAAUGAAUGGAGCGUGAAUGAAUAAAAUUUACCGAAACUCGAAAAACAAAACGAACUUUCCU